AGUCGCAUUCAAUCUCCAGCCGCCGCUUCCGGUCCCACCAAUGGGUGGGAAGGCGGCGGGUGACGCGCUUCCUGCCGCUGCCCUGGGCUUGGCGAUCAGUCUGGGAGAGCGGGGCGGCCAUUUUCGCAAGACCCUCUCUCUCUCUCUCUCUCUCUUUCCCCCCUCCCCUUCCCCCCACCCACCCACCCACCCGUGCAUCUCUGGCCGCCCUCCGGCAUCGCUCUCUCCCCGCGGCCUCCAUGUUUGGCGAGCGAGAAGCCGAGUUUGGAUCGUCACGUCUUUCGCGUCCGGAGCCGGGAAGCUGCUGUGCGGUGGCCGCUGAGCGGUCGCCCCGCUGAAGCCGGGCCUUGUUAUUGAGGCUGACAAGACAGUGGGUUUACCUUGACCGUAGCAGCUUCUCGGGAUAGACCUCAACAAUCAGCAGCGUUUGAAAAUAAUUGCACUAAGAACGUUUCUCAAUCUCUUGGCACAUUAUUUAGAUGUUAAAAUGUGGACGGCUCCAAAGGGUAUUUGACUUCACUAGGCGUGUAUUUGUUAAAGGCAGCUGGAUGUCACCGAGUACAAUAUAAAAUACAAUCGGUCGAGCCGGCUUCAGUGAAAGCCUGCUAAUUGUGAACGUUUGGCCACUCAUGCUGUGUUGAAUCGAGUCUUCUACAAUUACUUCGGUGCUAAAUUGCAACUAGAAGAAAAAACAAAAUGUCUACUCGAACGCCAUUACCUACAGUGAAUGAACGCGAAACAGAACAUCACACUUCGCAUAUGGAUGGCCGUUCAGAAGUUCCUUCUCGGUCAGCCCGCUCUGGGGGAGCACGAUGCCGUAAUUCAAUUACAUCUUGUGCUGAUGAACAGCCACACAUAGGAAACUAUAGGCUUUUGAAAACUAUAGGCAAGGGAAACUUUGCCAAGGUAAAGCUGGCAAGACACAUCCUCACUGGAAGAGAGGUUGCAAUAAAAAUUAUCGACAAAACACAGCUCAACCCUACAAGUUUGCAAAAGAGUUCUUGGAUAUUUACGCACACUAUAAAAGUGUAGGUGAACACAAAACAGGCACAAGAUAUUCUGAGGAAGUGGAACAGCCAGAAUUGUGGUCCUUGUUAGUCCAUAUUGCUCUAAGAACUGAGUUCCAGAUGCUAGGAAAAAGUAUUAAAGAACAGGACUUCAAAGAUAGAAUUCUGCUCGUCUCCACCUUCCACCCCAACAGCCUCUACAUUCACAGGAUCAUCUCCAGAACUUCUGCCACCUUCAGUGCGAUUCCACCAGGGACAUCUUCCCCUUCCCUCCCUAUCAGCAUUCCAGGGUCCAUUUCCUACACGACUCCCUGAUUUGCUCUUCCAUCUGCAUUAGCUGCUCCUCUUCUCAUGACGUUUUCCCAUGCAGACACCGGAAUGCAACAGAGCUUUUUUACCUUUGCCCUUCCCACCAUCCAAGGACACAAUCAUUCAAGGUGAAGGAGCAAUUCAUUUGCAUUGCUUCCAAUUUAGUCUGUUGCAUUUGGUGCUCAUAAUGUGGUCACUGCUGUAUAGGAGAAUCCAAAUACAGAUUGGGUAAUAGCUUUAUAGAACACCUCCUUUCUGUCCCUGUAGUUUGUCAUUUUUGUUUCUGACUCAUUCUUGCCUUGAGUUUAGAUAUUUUGGCUAACCACCCCUUUUUUCUGUCCACAGAUGUGGCUUUACCUUUGUUUCAAUUUUAUGUCUCUAACAGGUGGUUUUUAACUUGGCUGUCACCCUAUCACAGAUAUUCCCCUUAUUCACUACACUCUUCCCCCUUUCUGCAACUUAAAACAUAGUUAUUUUCUCACUUUUUCAGUUUUGAUGAAGGAUCAUUGACCUGUAGUUUCACCUGCUUCUCUCCCCACUGAAGCUGUCAUACUUGCUGAGUGCUGCCAAAACUUGUUUAUUUCCAACAUCUACAGUUUUCUGCUCCAAAGUCUAUACAGAUCAUAGUCUUUCAAUUAUUUCCAGUGCCACGCGUGCUCAUGAAUUCAAAAAUAUGGUGUUGCAGAUGAAUGUGUAGCUACACGGAGCUAUGGGCCAACAUAAUUAAUUCUGGGAAGAGGGGCUUGUGCAAAUUGGGCAGUAUAGGGCUGUGACUAAUGCUGUGGUGAAGCAUUUAAACUGAUUAGUUGGAGGAAGUGGACCAGAUCAUUGCAGUAAAGGCAGAAAUAAGAACUAGAGUAGGCCACAUGGUCCCAUGAUUCUGCUCCACCUUUCAGUAAUAUCAUGACUGAUCUGAUUUUUGGCUUCAAAUCCACUUUGCUGCCUGAUCCCCAAAACCUUGGGACUUCCCUAUAGUUCAAAUAUCUACCUUUUGCAUCCUUGAGUAUUGAUGACUCAACAGCUCAGAGGUAAAGAAUUCCAAAUAUUUGCAAGCUUUGAAGAGAGAUUCCUUUUCAUAAUUUCUUACCUCUUAUCCUGAAACUGAUUCUCAUUCAAGGCAUAUAUUCACUCACCCUGUCAAGCUCCCUUAGAAUAUUACUUCAAUAAGAUCACUUUCAUUUUCAGAAACCCCUUUUGAGUAUAUCCCUAAUCUAUUAAGUCUGUCCUUGUGAGACAGUCUCAUCAUCCUAAGAAUCAGUCUAGUGAACUUUGCUGCACUGCUUCCAAGACCAAUUUGUCCAUCCUUAAGUAAGGAGAGUAAAACUGGAUGCGGUACUCCGGAUAUGUUCCCACUCUUGCACCUCAUUCCCCCGGCAGCCUGUCUUUCAUAUUUCAGAGACUUGAUCCCUUGUGCCUUUCAGAAAGAUGUGGGUGGAUUUGUGAAAUGAGCAAGCCCCCGGCAGAGAAAUGAAUAUGGCAUUAAUGUGAAAUGAUGCACUUUGGUGGGGGUGGGGAGGGGAGGUGGGGACAUUAGAAGGCAGUGUAAAUAAAAUUGAACUAAUUUUGAGGGGGUUCAAAGGAAAAGAACUUGAGUUGCUUAUUCACCAAUCUUUGCAGGUGGCAGAUAGGCUGAGAGCACUUGUGAAAACUUAUGGGAUACUUGACAUCAGUUAAAAUAUUAAUCACAAAAGUAAAUUAAAAUUUUACAAAUCUCUUGUUAGGUCUCUGCAGUUCUAGGCAUCUUAGUGACACUAUAUGUUGAUUUCAAACUGGACUUGAAAAGAAUACAAAUAUUGAUGAUAACAUUUUGCUUUGAGCAACAGGAUGUUUUUUCAUCAUGUGGAAUGUAUAUCACAGGUCAAAUUUAAAAUAUUUGGCAAAAAGUCUAGAGGGAAAAUAAUUCUUUUCACACAGUUCUUUUAUAGAUUAAUUGAAAAAUUGGUGGAAUCAGAUUUGUAGGAGCUUUCAAAUGGCAUUUGGACAUGCAUGUGAAGAGAACAAACUUGUCGUGUUACUAAGUAAAGCUGCUACGUGGGAGUAAAUUGAUCAGCGCUUUUUAUUUUAAAGAUUUGGCACACAUAGCACUCCCUUCUGUGCUGUAAGAUCCGAUGAUUGUGUAGUUUGAUAAAUCUCACUGCCUGGAAAUAGGAUUUUCAGUAACCGAUACAAGAACGUAUUUACUUGUGUCAAAUUACUAUAUUUGUAUGUAAUCUGCACUGUUACUCGGUAACUAACAAGAUAUGGUAGUACAGGUGAUCCCUGUGUCAUGAGGGGUGGGGGCUGUUCAUAGAAAAUGGUCUGUUUCAUGAUUUCCCAUAAAGGGAAGCUGUGUUGUGUGUGGGUCAAAAAAAAACGAGUUGGGAAAAAGAAGUAUUGAUUUCUUUUGCACAAAUUCUGCAAGAGCAAAUUUUAUUCCAUACUUCAAAUUUUUGGGUCAUGAUUUGUGAAUUCUGUAAGAGCAAAUUUCUGUUUCCCGAACAUCUAUAACACUGGCGUUGGCUAUAAGUAAUUUGACUGAUAAUUCAGAGGCCUGGGCUAAAGAUCCAGAGUUUAAAUCACUUAACACUAGGGAAUUUAAAUUCAGUUAUUUUAAUUAAUUAAUUACACUUGGAAUGAAAAGCUACAAUGAACCUAUUAGAUUUUGGUGGAAAUCCACUUGGUCUACUCAUUUCCAUUAGGGGAUGAAAUCUCCUGUCUUCACCUAGUAUGGCUAUUGUGUCAGCAAAUCUCAACAAUGUGACUGUGAAUAUUGAACAUGAGGAGUAGAUGCAGAAAUAAAUAUUACAUUGAGUUCAAAAACUGCUUGCGUCCAAAAGAUGUAAUUCAAGCCUCCUCCCAGAAGAAGUGCUCUUUGUGGCCUUCUCCAACAGAAUCAACAGGAAAUGAUUAAUCAACACAUUUGGGCACUAUGCUUUUAGAUUUUCUCAAAGAACUUGGAACUGACUGUCUUACAGAACCAAACAGCAAAAUAUGAACCUAUCAAAUUGUCAAAUAUUGUUUUUUGAAAAUCUUGCAGUUUGCAAGCUUUCUUUGUUCACAAGGUCAGAUCUACAAGAUCUGGAUAAAGCUUCUAAAUAUGUGAUGUAAAAGAAAAUGGCAUUGUCACACAAAUUUACCUGCAACAUUGUCUUUUAAAAUUAGAGGAAAUUUUAAAAUGUUGCUAUUUUUGAUACAUUAAUCACAUCUGUUCCGAGCUUUAUUUAGCACUAUAAAAUAUUUAAAACACUAGUUAAAAAUUGAAGCUUUUCCUGUUUCUCUGCUUGAGGAUUCUUUACUAUGAUUGCCUGUUCAGUUAGUUUAAUGACUUUUCAGUUGCUGAAUAUAUUUGGAUACUUUUGAACUGACACCCAACAGCAACAGGUGUUGGAAAAGAGGAUGGUCUCCCUGAAGAUCCCUAAAUCUUUGUCAAGGGCAUUCUUUAACAUCAACUGCAAGUGCCGUUGACCAAAAGUUCCAUGCCAUGGUCUUUAAGCAAAUCAUCUUUAAAGUAUUUUUAAAACGAUUUCACCAAUAAAAUGAUCACUACAACAAAAUUCUGAAUUUAUGAGCAAUGCCAAGGAAACUAUCAGUAACGUAACAAAAAGAUGUUUCCUUAUAGACUAAUGUGUCAUUCUUGGCAGAAAUAAACCAUUAAUUAGAAAUACAUUUUUCUCAGAUUGAGAGGUUGAACAAAGUUGGAUUGUAUUGUCUAGCAUGUUGGAUGCUGAGGUGCAACCUGACAGAAGUUUAUUAUGAGAAUUCAUGAGACACACAAAUUUAAGACAAGAAAUUAUGAGAGACAUAGGGGCCAUAGUCAGUCUUUUUCCCCAGAAUGGAAAUGUCAUACUAGUAGUGUAGCUUUAAGGUGAGAGGGGAAAAGUUUAAAGGAGAUUUUCAAAGUAAGUUGUUUUUUUACACACCAAAUGUAGGCGUAAAAUGUGGGCGCUGCCAGGGGAGGUGGUAGAAGCAGUUGUGAUAGCAAUGUUUAAAAGGCAUUUAAACAGAUGCACGAUCAGGCAGAGAAUAGAGGGAUAUGGAUCAUGUGCAGGCCGAUGGGAUUAGUUUCAGUCAGCAUUGUGGACGGUGCAGGCAUAGUGGGUUGAAGGGCCUAUUCUUGUGCUGUACUUUUCUAUGUAUCUAUGAUUUGAAAAUACCCCAGAUACAGCUUAGGUACUCAAAUUAUAAUUUUGGCAACUUAUCAAAAAGAUAGCAUGUGCUUGCACAACAAAGAAAAUUGUUUUAAUGCAUAAAACUUUUAGUCCAACUGCUUUUCAAUGCAAACAAUGUACAUUCAUUUUUGCAACAAAAAUUGAACACCAUGUACGUGAAAUCAUUAUAUUAUGAAACAGUAUUGUGACCAAUACCACAAGAAAAUGUAUUAUUAAAAUUACCGUCUACAUGUAUUCAUCUUGAUCACACUUGAUGUAUUGGAUGUUUUCAAGACACUGAUUUCAGAUUUUCUUAUCUCCAGAAUUGCAAUUUAAG